AUGUCUGCUCGAAUACCCAAGACUAUUUUCUCAGGAAUCCAGCCUACGGGAAUACCCCAUCUGGGUAACUACCUCGGUGCGCUCAAGAACUGGAAGAAGCUUCAGGAUAGCGAGGCAAGGGAUACGCGGCUGAUUUACUCAAUAGUCGGCUAUCACGCUAUCACACUCCCACAGCAGCCAGGCAUAUUGCGGCAAGAGAGGCGCGAAAUGAUGGCUGCAUUGCUCGCUAUCGGCUUGGAUCCUCACCGGUCAAUCAUCUUCCAUCAAGACCAAGUCGCGCAACACACAGAGCUCGCCUGGAUUCUCAAUUCGUUCACUCCGGUGAAUAAAUUGCAGCGGAUGACGACGUGGAAGUCUAAAAUUGCAACGCUGAAGAACUCUAAUGAUGUCAGUGAGAUUGACGACAGUACACUCAAUCUUGGUCUGCUAUCCUAUCCAGUGUUGCAGGCGGCCGAUAUAAUGUUGUACAAAGCUACACAUGUACCUGUCGGAGAAGACCAGCAACAACAUCUUGAAUUGACGCGCGAUUUGGCUGAACAUUUUAACAGGAUCUUUAAAUGUCGCAAGUUUUUCCCUUUACCAACUCACCUGAUCACUCCCGCUUCUCGCAUUCUGAACCUCCGAGAUCCACUGUCUAAGAUGUCUAAAUCUCAUCCACUGCCCACUUCCCGCAUAAUGAUAACAGAUUCGGAUAGAGAAAUAGCUUCUAAAAUCAAGUCUGCAGUGACUGAUUCAGACAGUGGAAUCAAUUUCGAUGCGUUGAACAGACCAGGUGUGAGUAAUUUGCUCACUAUCUUGGCAGAUUGCGAAGAAUCCACGCCUGAGAAAGUAUCAAUCGGUUUAGAAAACUCAUCGCAACUGAAAGAGGCAGUGGCUGAGGCGCUUGUUCAAUCACUCUCACCUAUACGAGGUGCCUUCCAUCGUCUGUCAAAUGAGCAUCACUAUUUAGAUGAACUGGCCAAAAAAGGUCAGAAGCAGGCUGCCUAUAUUGCCAGCGACACCAUGAACCACGUUAAAAAGCACGUAGGAUUGGAUUAA